AGCACUCCUCAACAUCUUCUCAAUUCACUCGUUAGCAUAACAGUCGUUACCAAACCUCAAAAUGUUCGCCAAGUCCAUCAUCACCGCCCUCACCCUCGCCGUCGCCGUGACCGCCACUCUUGACCCUGCCACCUCCAACACAAAGGGCAAAUACCCUUCCAGCCCUAGCUGCUCGGUGACCAAGACCUCAAAGGCCAUCCAGGCCGCCGAGUGCAGCCACAACACCCGUGUCUCCGGCACCCAGACCUUCGCUGUCUUCACCCAGGACCACCAGUACGAUGGCAACUACGGCUACCCAUACGGCACAUGCGAGGCAUACACAUGCGAACCCGGCACAACGAUGAAGAGCGACAGCGACAAGUGGACCUUCUUCUGGAGCGAUGAUGGUGAGGAGUCUGGUGAGGGCGCUGGCUGCAUCAAGAGCCCUGAUGAUGGCACAUGCGGUUGCGAGGACUCGGACGGUACCUUCGUCUACGGUGGAAGCGACUGCACAUAGGCGUGGAGAUGGGAAAGCUUGGGAUAGAUCAGGGUGAAACCGAA